AUCUUUCUUUCUUGGCGAUGUUUCCUCAUCCAUCGGAAUUAAAAUUUCACGCUCGCCGAAAUCAUCCGAUCGCGAUAUACGAUAUUUUAGCAGUCUGUUUGACAUUCACUAUAUUUCUGUUUAUCAUAUAGGUAAUGGUUUCUUGGCAAUAAUUUUUUUUUUAUAGAAUAGCCUGCAAUAUCUGUGAUACCAUUGAACUUGUCAUUAAACAAUAUGAUAUGCAGCAUGUGCAGAUAAGCUGGCCGACCAGAUUUUGAUUGGAAGCCGGUUUCGAUGUUGAUAUAAUGAUACCAAUUAAAACUUGUAAUAUUGAAAAUGAUUCUUUAUAAUUGAAAACAUUCACUAACAUUGACUGAUGCAAUUAGAUGAAAGUUGAACACAUAUAUGACUGUCAUAUUGCAUGGAUUCAUAUUAGUGCCAAUGCUGCAUCAAUUGCUUUAUCUCGUUGUAGAAACAAGACUAUAUUCUGCCAUCAAGUUUUGUGAAAUUAGUUCAUAAAAUGAAAUUUGAUUCAUCAUCAACAUGAAACAAUUCAAAUACAAUCAUGCACAUUGAAGUUUUAUGAAUCAAUUUUGGCACUCAUUGAGCAUAACAGAAAUCUCUCAUACUCCACUAUUUUCCAACGCGUCAAUAUUCACCUGUAAACGCAGGUAAGCCUGUCUUAUUUGUGAUUUGUAGGCCGGGAUAAAGGCAAACGAUAUGAUGUUUGUUUAUGAACCAGAGGCUGCAGCUCUUUAUUGUAGAUACCAGAAACUACACGCCAUAAAUGAUACUACAAACGAUUCAGAUGGUAAAGGAGAUACAGCCCUCCAGAAAGGGAGAAAAGUUUUAGUGUUUGAUAUGGGAGGGGGCACAACAGAUAUUAGCGUCAUCGAAAUAAAAAGUGAGAAGGAGAUUCAUAUUGUAGAGCGAGCUAGCGGAGGACCUUUUGGUGGAACGCACAUCAAUGAAAAUUUUUGUCAGUGGCUGGACGAAGUAUUUGGAGAAGACAAUAUGAAGAAAAUUAGAACAGAACAUAGAUCGGAUUACAUGCAAUUAAUAAGAGAUUUCGAGCAAAAGAAACGUCCAAUUGACCCCAAAAAGGACAAAUCUCUAUUUUUACAGAUUCCAACAGUCCUCAAACAAUUGGCAGAAGACACAUGGAAAUGCAAAUUAGAAGAUCAAUUCCGGAAAGCAGAGAGUCGGUAUCCCUGUGUUCAAGUUAAAAAACGAGGAAAACUUUUCUUCCCGUCCUCAUUUUUUGUGGAACACUUCAUUUUGCCGAUUUCUAAAAUCGUAUUGGAAGAUAUGAAGCGGAUUCUUCAAAAACAUGGGGAUAUUAGCAGUGUGUUGGCUGUAGGAGGUUUGGCUCAAUCUGCUGCCAUGACGACAGAAAUACGAAAAUAUGCUAAAGAUAUACCUGUAUUUGUUCCGUUUGAUUCAUCCGUUGCCAUUCUCAACGGAGCAGUGCUUUAUGGACAUGAUAACAACGUAAUCAAAGCUAGGAUCUGCAAGUACUCUUACGGCAUCCAGACAAUGAGGCCAUUUGAAGAGGGAGAUGAUAAAAGUAAGAAAGUUCAACAGGAAGGAAAGGUGUGGUGUAAACACUGCUUUAGAGCGCUUUACCAUGCAGGUGAUAUGAUAAAACUCGGUGAUGUUAAUUCGUAUGAGUUGGAAGAAUAUUUCAACGAAGAAGGCAGAAAAAAUAAGCAAUUCAAACCCAUUCGAUGCAUUUUAUUUAGAUCUGAGUCCGAAAACCCAAGAUAUGUCACUGAUAAUGGCUGUGAAGAGCAUGGAACAAUAGAAAUUGAAGUGCCUGAGAACGGGUUUCCGGUUCAUUAUAAAUGUACUGUUGAACUGGAGUUUGCCGGAACAGAAAUAAUUGCCCGUUUGAAAGAUAACCAAGGAAUUAAGACAAUUCGAGUUGAUUUCUUAAACUGAUUUCAUAUUUUCUUUUAUUCUGGAGGAUGUCGAGAAAUACAAUAACCUUAUUCAAACUCCAAUGCAUGAAAAUGCUUUAUACAUGUAUAUGCUAUGACAAUAUUGUAAAACCAAGCAGAAUAUUGGGAAAGAAUCGCUUUACUGUAAUAAGUGAGUUUUGAUGCUGAACACACCAUCUUCCUGCUUGCUUUUCUGUAUUCCGUUAUUUCUCAUACAGCAAUCAUUCAAUGUAGAAUACUAUAUAUUGGGAUUUUUUUAUUAUUAUUGUGUUAAACUUUAGAACUAUUGCUUUAAACUUUAGAAAAUGAUCCUAAACUGUAAAACAUUUAAUUUUUAUAUGUAAGGAAUAUGUUUUGAGUUACCUUUCACUUU